AUGGCAUUAACCAAGGUCGUUCUUCUUUGUAUUCAAAAUAAGAAAUAAUUAACAAUUACUCAUGAUUAAAUAUAUAAACACUUCUCCUAAUAUGGCUAAAUCGAGAAAAUUUUGAUAUUCGAAAAAACACAAAUUUGGAAAGUCUUCUUGGAAACCAAAAACAAAGAAACUGCCUAAAAUUUAAUAAAAUAAUGUAAUAAUAAUAUUUUGAACAUGGAUAACUCUUUGAGGAUGUAAUUAUAUCCCAGCAAUCUAGAGAAUGUCACCUUUUCUGAUUCCAAUUCCGCUGGCAAAGAUUAUUCCAAAUCUAAAGAGAAACGAGAUUCCUAUAAUUCAACUGAUGAUGAACAAACUUCAGUAGGCAGCUAAGGAGAAUAAAAUCCAAAUGGGAAUUCGACGAAAAGUUACCAAUAAUAAAAUAUUUAAUAAUCGAUCUAUUAAUACUAAUAACACUUAUAACAAAGACUAUAUGAAUAAUAAGUACUUUAGAUGAGAUUGUAAACCCAAAGUUUAGAUCUCCAAGUCCCUGAUUAUGUCAAUACUAUAGUCUCAGCCCAAUGGGUUGACUAAUUUGUAUAACUGGGAAAACUACUACAAUCAUAAUAUUUACUUCAAUAUUAACUCAUUGAUAAUUAUAUCAAUUAUAUCAAGUAAGAAUCUGCUAAUGCUUUGUCUGAAAUCCAUAACUAAUAACGACAACAAUAAUUAUAAUAAUAGUUGUAAAUUAAUAACACUCUGAAUCAAAUCUAUCAUGUUGAAUAGGAAGAGAAAUCUAGAGUCAUCGUGGCCAAGUCUUUUGAUGACUCUGUUACUACCAUCGACAUGCUCUAUAACAUCUUCAGUAUCUAUGGAAACAUCGACAAAAUGGUAUAUUAGAAAGACAAGUCCACAUUGUUGGUCGAAUACCAUCUUCAGAAAUGUGCUGAUCAAUGCAUUGAGAAGUUGAAUAAUGUUGUAUUCCAAGGCCAAACUCUUUAAAUUACCUAUUCAAUUCUGUAAGAAAUAACAUUCUUAGAUGAACUUGAAGAAUUGGGAUUGGUUGAGAAGACUUUCUAUGAGGAAAGAUUCAUUGGAUCUGAAGCCACUAAUAGAUAUAAACCAAAAAACUCUUUUGUUGCUGCUUCACCCAAUGAUACAAUCUUUCUGAUGAAUUUAUCAGAUGAAUUACUCAACAUAGAAAGUAUUCAACCUCUUUUGGAAACAGAAUUUGUUGAUUAUAAGUUUUAUGAGGAUCCAAAAUAAAAACAUAGUUGUGCCUUAAAAUUCAAAACCGUUGAUGAUGCUAUGUAUUUCUUAGCUAAAAAUCAUGGCAAAGUAAUGGCUGAUAGAAAAAUCUUAAUGACUUUUUCCAAAAAGCCUAUGUGAUUCAAUUAUUUUAUAUUUAUAAUUUAUUAAAGUUUAGUAAAUUAAAA